AUAGUAUAGACGUCUUGCUAUCCUUGCAAAAAGAAAAAAAAAACUGAGAAGAAAUGUUGAUAGGGGAGACGACAUUAACGGCGUUAUCACCGACGUACGUGUGGAUAUGGACAUUGUUUGCCAUCGUGCUGACGUGGACGGCGUUUCACAACGGCAAGAAGAAGGGACACAACGCGACGGAGACGGAGACGGAGACGGAGAGUGAGACGGCGAACCGUAACGGUGCUGACGUCAUCGUUGUCGGGGCUGGUGUCGCCGGCUCUGCUCUCGCUUAUGUUCUCGCCAAGGAUGGGAGAAAGGUGCACGUGAUAGAAAGGGACUUGAGUGAGCCAGAAAGAAUGAUGGGUGAGGUGAUGCAGCCGGGGGGCCGCCUCAUGUUGGCCGGACUCGGACUUGAAGAUUGUCUGGAAGACAUUGACGCACAAAAGAUGAAAGCCUUUGUAGUACACAAGGACGGUAAAUAUGGAAACUGCCCAUUUCCUGAGGACGUCAAGUUUCCUUACGAAGCUCGAGCCCGAGGCUUUAGGAACGGUCGUUUUGUCCAGAGGCUUCGCCACAAGGCUUCUUCACAUACCAAUGUGAAUUUGGAAGAAGGGACAGUGAAGUCGUUGGUAGAAGAGAAGGGAGUGAUAAAAGGGGUGAAGUACAAGAGCAAGAGUACCGGUCAAGAGACAACGGCCUUUGCACCUCUCACCGUCGUUUGCGACGGUGCUUAUUCUAACCUCCGUCGCUCUCUCCACAACCCCAAGGUGGAGUUGCACUCUUAUAUAAUUGGUUACACCGUGAAGAAUUCACGACUCGAAGAUCCAGAAAAUUUGCAUUUGAUAUUUUCCGAGCCCUCGUUUGCAGUCGUGUAUCAAAUAGGCAGCAAUGAGGUCCGUUGCAUGACUGAAGUUCUCCGUGAGAAUGUUCCUUCCAUUUCUAGUGGUGAAGUAAUCAGCUUCCUCAAGGAAAUUAUAGCUCCUCAGGUACCUCCUAAACUCCGAGACAUAUUCGUGAAAGGACUUGACGAGAGCCCUGAGAUAAAGACGGUUGCAACGAAGAGCAUGGGAGAUUCUCUAUGCGAUAAGAAUGGAGUGAUUGUGUUGGGAGAUGCAUUCAACAUGAGGCAUCCUAUAGUUGCCUCGGGGAUGAUGGUUGCAUUGUCAGAUAUUGUCAUCCUUCGUGAUCUUCUCAAGACUUUAAACAAUCUCGGUGAUGCUAAGAAGCUCUCUCGGGCUCUCAAGUCCUUCCACAAACUCCGAAAACCAAUGUCGGCGACUGUGAACACACUGGCUGAUGCGUUUCACCAAGCGCUAAUUGCAUCGAGUGACAAAGCAAGAGAAGCAAUGAGACAAGGCAGCUUCAAUUACCUUAGUCGGGGAGGAGUUUUCACGAAGGGAUUGACGGCUAUCCUCGGUGGUAUGAACCCUAGACCACCUUCUCUUGUCCUCCAUCUCUUCGGCAUCACCUUUGCCUCCAUUGCUACUUUGCUCUCUCCCUUUCCUACGCCCCACGGAAUUUGGCAUAGCCUCAGACUGCUUCGGUUGGCUUUGGCAAUGUUGGGUUCACAUUUGAAGGAAGAAGGAGUAACUCAAAUGUUGUCUCCAGCAGCCGCGGCCGCUUAUCGCAAACGCUACAUGACCGCAACACCUGCCUAAUCAUGGAUAAGAUUUCGCCAUCGUGUGAUGUUUUAUAGCUAUCUCAGUAAAGCAAAUCGGGGAUAUGUAAUAUGUUUGUAUCAACCAAUAAUGUGUGUAAACCUAUUAUUCUAAUGUUAAAACUUCAUUUAUA